AAAGAAAUACAUUUGCAUAAUUGGCUGCAUCUUUUUAUAGUGACAUGUUGACUGGUGGCUUUGUGCCUGAGGAGGACUGCAUGGAAUGAGGAUGACAGCUAGCAGCGACGCUCAGAAAUAAAACGCACACAGCUGCACGGUCGGACCCGCGCGCGCGCGCGAAUGUGAACGCGUUGGCGUUAAUUUAAUAUUUGUUUUGCGAGUGCUGCUUCUGGAGUGUAGCGUUACCGUGUCGUUUGCGCCAGCAGCAGGAGAGAAAACCGGUCGGAGGAGGUGAACGAGUUCGCUCCUCGGUUGGAGGAGCUGGUGUGACGUAGCACCACAUACACACACAUACACGCCGGCUACUGCGUCGCCUGCCAGGAUCUCAAUGUGGGGAAAUGACCGCAAGUGACCUCAAAGAAAACACUGUAUUGUAGCGCUGCUCGGAUUUUUAUUUUGCACAACAUUAAAACGAGAAUGCGUCCUUAAUUUUAGCUAGAUAUUCUUACGGUAAAUCGCGCUAUAUCGCGGGGAAAAGUGCGCUCUGUGUCGUUAGCCAAUCGCCCGAGUGUCUCACUAGCUUGCAAGAGGCUAACAUUAGCUAGCUACGCUAAGCUAAGAGCAGCCCAGUGCUACGGCCGGCGCUUCUUGUAUUCCACUUCCCGCAGAUGCUAAGCUAAUUUAGACGGGGCUAGCUGCUGCCAUGGAUAAAGCAAAGUCAUUGGCAGACAAGAAAGGAGCGCCGGGACCUUUUCAUGUCAACAACGGACAGAGCCAGAGGGGGCUUAAUGGCCACGUCGCUGUGGCCGCAAAUGGUGGCUGCUGCGGCGGCAGCGCGUUCGCCUCGAGCGCCGGACCUGGCUGCAGCAGCGGCGGUGGCUGCAGCAGCACCACUUUUGACAGCAUGCAUCACCUGCACCGCGGUGACGAUGCCGAGUGCAACGGGUCCCCGGCCAAGAGGUGCCGGAUGCGGAGGAGGACUGAGUCGGUGAGACGGAAUAGACCCCCUUUCCCCUGGUUUGGUAUGGACAUCGGUGGCACCUUGGUGAAGCUGGUGUACUUUGAGCCUGUUGAUAUAACGGCAGAGGAAGAACAGGAAGAAGUGGAAAACCUCAAGUCUAUCCGUCGCUACCUCACCUCAAAUGUGGCCUAUGGUAAAACAGGCGUCCGUGACGUCCACCUGGAACUGAGGAACCUGACCAUGUGCGGCAGGACGGGGAACCUGCACUUCAUCCGCUUCCCGACACAGGCCAUGCCCCGUUUCAUCCAGAUGGGACGUGACAAGAACUUCUCCAGCCUACACACAACACUCUGUGCCACCGGCGGCGGCGCUUAUAAGUUUGAGAAUGACUUCCGAUCGAUGGCAGACUUGGAGCUGCUGAAGCUUGAUGAGCUGGACUGCCUGAUCCGUGGCCUGCUGUUUGUCGACCGGAUGGGCUUUAACGGACACCCAGAAUGCUACUACUUUCAGAACCCGUCAGACACCCAGAGCUGCGUGAAGAAACCCUGCACCCUGGACAACCCUUUCCCCAUGCUGCUGGUCAACAUUGGCUCCGGGGUCUCCAUACUGGCCGUGUACUCCGAGAACGACUACAAGCGUGUGACUGGAACCAGUCUGGGAGGUGGCACAUUCCUGGGCCUUUGCUGUCUGCUGACAGGCUGUGAGACGUUCGAGGAGGCGUUGGAAAUGGCCAGCAAAGGCGACUCUACCAAUGUGGACAAACUGGUGAAAGAUAUCUAUGGAGGAGACUACGAGCGCUUUGGCCUGCAGGGUUCUGCUGUCGCAUCCAGUUUUGGUCACAUGAUGUGCAAAGAAAAGCGAGACAGCAUUAGUAAGGAAGACUUGGCCCGGGCCACGCUGGUCACCAUCACUAAUAAUAUAGGAUCCAUAGCACGGAUGUGUGCUGUCAAUGAGAAAAUCGAGCGUGUUGUGUUUGUGGGUAACUUCCUUCGUAUCAACACUGUGUCGACGAAACUGCUGGCCUAUGCCAUGGACUUCUGGUCCAAAGGACAACUAAGAGCUCUCUUCCUGGAACACGAGGGUUACUUCGGAGCGGUGGGGGCGCUGAUGGAGCUGCUCAAGACAACAGAGGACCCGUGAAGGAAACCGCACGACAUCACCAAUCCUCAACAAGGUGAUGUCGUCCACCCCUGGAAGAUGUGAUGUCAUCAACUGUUGAUGCUGUGACGUCAGCCACUAUUCGACGCUGCUGAAAGGUCCACUUCCCAGAGGCCACUAAAGGAACACUAAGAGAGAAAAACUGAGAAAAGCCAUUUUAAUAAUUUAACAGCUGUAAAUAGUGAUAACCUCUAACAUUUAUUGUCUAAAUUUCCCAAAUAGACCCCCCCCAUCAAAGAGGUUUUAAUAUUGUAAUUUUUAAUUUAUGGUUUCCUAUAAUUGGCUCUGCUGAUUCCUGUCGUCACAGAGACGUAUAUUAUUUUAGCGUGUUCUGUUUUGUUACUGUGUGUGAGUUUGUGUGAACAGCUACUGUAGCGUUAUGCCCUAGAGACUGUGGUGAGCCGAGCGGCUGUUUGUGCAACUGUUUUUUGUUUGUUGUUCUUAAGAUACAGUGUUUGCACAGAAAUUAAGUUACUCUUGAAUGUUUUUGGGCAUUUUUUUUUUAUUAUUAUUAUUAUUACUAUUAUUAUUAUUAUUAUUAAUAUUAUUAUCACCAGGGACUCACAGAAACACAACUCCUCCCACCCUCAUGUCAGAGCGCACAUGUGCACCUGCACUCAGACAGUUUGGUAAUGCUAACUUCUGGUUGUUACUGAUGCUAUAAAGACUGCAGCUGUGCAGGUUAUCAACGGUUCAGGACAGCAGGCAUUUUGUUGUCGCCUCUUUGUUGCACAAACAGUCGCUCCCGCACACUUCGGUCCUCUUAGGAGUGCACUGAAGCCAAAACCUAUUGAGAUUUGUACGAAACAGUCUUUAAUUCUCACUGUUGUUCCAUUACGCAUGGCCUUUGCUCCGUCGUUGGUCUCCCCUCCGUCUCCCGACAGUAUGUGCAAAACAGCACCAACAACAUGGUAUUGCCACACAUGCAUUGUGCUCCUUCUCCUGCUCGGUUAAGUGUUAGACAGUGGGACCAAGACAUUGUCUUCCAGUAGAUCUGCAUUGUUGAGUUCUGUUGAGUGGCACCACUUGUCCAGCUCAGCAGCCUGGGUUUGACUUUUCUGAAAUACUAUGGGUUGUUUAUUUUAUGGGUUUGUUUUUUUUUGUUCUUUUGUGUGUCCUUUCUGUCUCUCUUUACUCACACUGUCUGAUUGUCUUGUUUCUCGGACACUUGAGCAUGGUUGAGCCCUGAGUGCUCCUCGUCCUCUAGCUUCUCUGCCACCCCACUGCCUUGAUUGGGUGUUACAUUUUGAUGUAAUGAAGCAUUCAGGCUGAGCUAAUGUAAUGCUAAUGCCUAAAGUCAACCCUGGGAUUUAAAAAAAAACAAAACAACAACAACUUGACAAUGGGGACCAAGAUGCUUUUCGAUUGGUCGCCCCCUCGUGUAAAAUCCACUGAUGUAGGAACAGAAUCCGUUCAUCCUCCGUAGAUUUGUCUUUACUGUUUAAUCGUGGUGAUGUUGUGCAUGACGGUUGCUGAAUUGUCUGUCAUGCCGCAUCACACCCAGUAUUUUAUGCUUAUUUCUUAUCAGCCAUGAAACCGUUGAUCAGGAUGAUCCACACUAAUGCAAAAGUAAAACUCUAAGACUUGAGCUCUAUGAUGCUCAGUUUGGAUGCUUCUGUCCAAGAACAUUCAUAGCCACACGAUGUCGUGUUUCAAUGCAUCUGCUACUGUGUCUCUGUCGUAUUUUAAUCAACCGGUGACAAGGAAAAAUCAAGGAAGUAACUUUUAUUGAAAUGUCUGUAACAAUAUCAAGAGUGGACAAAGGCAUCUUACCGUAGCUGUAAAUGAAAUAGUCAUUGUAAAGCAGCUGCCAUCAUCAUCAGUUAUGAGACACUAACAGUGAAUUCUGGAUUAUUUAUAUUUGUUUUAAAAGAAAUGUGGACCACAGGUGUCCAGCUUCCUGGUUGGUAGUGGUGUCCAUUACUGCCUUCUUCUGGAUUACUGUCAUGAUAACGACCUUUCACCCUUAACUUCUACCGCCUUUCAUCUCCGCUAAUAAUCCGAGCAGCUGAACUGCUCUUAAACAGCUGGACCGUCCAGUCUCCACUGUGCUUUUUCUUGUUGCCACCAUCUUCAUGCCUUUUUUUCCCUCCACACUGAGAAACCAAGCUUUUUCCCCUUAACUGGAGUCAGUCCUGUCUCUCAGUUAUUGAAUUAUUAAGUAGUGAUCCGCCCAAGCUAUCACUGCUAACACAUUAUAGUUUGAUGUUCCUCAGUGUUACUGAGCUGGACAUUUAAGUGUUAGUCCAGCACUGCAGAUUCUCUUCACAGGACCUUGUGAUCUGUUCAUUUUACCUGUUGUAUAAUAUUAUGGUGAAAUCCUCUUCAUCUGUCUAAACAUUAUGCAGGAACUCUGUGUUAUUGGUGAAAUGCACAAACCUUGUAUUCAUCUAUCAUAUACAUGCACUACACUUGGACAUCAGUAAAUAACCUGUUUGCUGCUAUAACAGUUCUGUUUGGAUUUGAGGGUUUUUGGUUCAUUAGUAGAAUAAUCACAUUUACACAGUAAAAUCCUCUGUAUCUAAAAGUAGUUGUUUACCCUGUGAAAAGAAAGAAAAUCGAUUUCUUUCUAUAUCCUGCUCAUUUUCAGCCACAUUUUCCUUUUUUCCGUUGUUUUUCUUGCCUUGUCGGACGAUGUUAGUGGCCUCGACCUGUCGGGUUCCACUCAGCUUUAAAACCAGGCUGGUGUUGGUUAUUUUGUGCCACCUUUCUUUUAUUCUGAAAACCCCCUGCAAUCUGUUGCCUUCACCCUCUGUUAUCCUGGCUACAUCACACAUGUGCCCUUCACUUUUACGUGGGAAUGCAUUUGAGUUUCUUACAUCCUGAAUUUAAUCUAAGUGUGUUUUUCUUGUCUGGGAUGCAGAUGUAUUUUGUGUGUCUGCUUUCACUCUUUUUUUUGAUGUUUUGUUGUGUUUUGCCAUUGUUAUUGUUUUUAUGUUGUUUUUUUGUUUUUCCUAAAGCCACUUUAGAUAAUGCAGAUCAUCUCUAACAAGUACUGAAAUUUGACUCCUUUCCAUCAUUUCUUUUAAAUGUUUUGCAGUUUGUUUUGGGAGCAAUUUUUUUUUGUAAGAAAUGUUAUUUUAUGUCCUAUUUUAAUCCUGUUCGUAAUAAUCAAUGUGAGUCAAUCUGCUUUUCCCCGUGUUCUUUUUAAAUAUUGUUGUACUUAAAUUGUCUUUGGUUGGCACAAAAAGAACCAGUGUGACUGUUGUCAGAAAUGUAAAUCCCUGCCAUUAUGCUCUGUCAGUGUUCAGACUUGGUAUUGACAUCUGAUCAUGUGUAGGUCCCCGAUCUGUCUCGGAUGUGUCUUGGAAACAGACGUGACCUCAUGUGGUCACCGGGACCGUGGAGUUCAAAUACAAUAAGAUCGCAAUGGACAUCUGUCAAUACCAGGUCUGAAAGGGACCCAAGACAUGUUGUGAUAUGCAGCACUUAGUGAUAAUAGUGAUCAGAGUCUCGGUACGCGUUUUAAACACUAUAUCCUUGCUUUUUUUUAUCAUUUUAUAGUCGUGUGAUUUGGGCCUGGUUUCAAUGCUGUCUCUGAUUGGGGAAGAUAAAGGUGUGUACACAGGAGACAUUUUAAGAUGACACACAAUCUCUACACAGAAUAUAGAUGUGUUUUAAAAUUGUCCUUGUGCCUGUUUGCUAAAAUGUGUCUGGAAAACAAAUCUGUGACAUUUUCCAGUUCCUAAAUUUAAUAUGCUCUGUAUUAAUGCUCAGCAGUAUCAAAUCCUGCGCUGUAUCUGAUAUUUUUUCUGAACACUGUUUUAAAUAUGUUCUGUUGACUACAUGAUGGAUUGAAGUCAUGUUGCUAAAUUGGCUUUUUUUGGUUCUGUUAUCAGAAGUCAACAGUGGAUGUUUGUUUGCUUUGGUAACUCAGUGAGUGAGGUGUGAUUUUUUUGCCUUUCAGUAACCCUUUAUUUUCUGGCAUUCACUUCCCAAUGGGACCACGUGCAGACCAGUAUGAAUUUCUCUGCUCUGUUUGGAGCUUGAAGCAACAGCGUGCAAAACGUUAUGUCAUCCAUUGAGAAAAUGAAACUAAAGGCUAUGCAGCAACACCUCCAUCAAUCCCUUUGUCCCUGGCCGUUCCUCUGAGCCUGUCUCGUUUUAAUUUAACUUGUUUGUCUACAUAUGCAAUCCUGUGAGCCCCCCCCCCCCCCCCCCCUCUCGUAGACAUCCUGUUUGAAUCUUGAUGAAAAGUGUUUCUCCUCCAGGGGUUUUCUAUCCUGCUGAUUUAGUUGUUAACACUAUUAAAGGUGGAUGUUUGCAACAGGGUGUUAUAGAGGAAAGUAUUCAGUCUUUUAUUUUAAUAGAUUUAUUGAGGCAGCCUAAGUCUCAUUAGUGUGUAAAUGUGGUAGCUGAAAUAGUCUUGUUUUUAUCUUUUAUGGAAGAUACCAAAUUGUAAGCACCUUGUCUCUGUCAAACCUUGUGUCACAUACUGGUCAACAGUGACAGAGUGCUCCUUUUGCUUGUUCUUAUAUAUUUCAUCGAGUUUCUUUAUCUGGUGAAAACAUCCUGUUGCAUGAACACAUCCAGCCUUUGAACUGUCGUCUGGAAUGCUUGACUGGCAGGACACGACCUUUUCACCCUUGUGUAUUUAAUUGUACAGAGAUUUUUUUGUAAAUAAUAGUAUGAUAUAUUCUACACCAGCAAUCUGUCUGUUGAUUUAACAAAACAACAACAACUUUUCAACUGCUCAGAGCCAGGUUUCCCAAACAGGACUUGACACUUCCAUGUAAAGCAGACAGAAGAUGCAUCGAGACAAAACCACUUUGAUCUGCAGCUUCAUCCACAGCUGAACUCGAGCUCUAUUAAAUAAUAGCUAAUACUUGUAGGCCUGUGUUUUAUUUAGCUUCUAGUAUGCAGUUGAUAGGACUUUUAGGUCUAUAUGUGUGUAUGAUUGUUUAUGGUAGCAGUUAGGAAGCUGUUGUGCUCAAUGAAUUAAUCCUAUAAUGUCAGUUUAUUGUCACUUUAUCACAAUUGUUUCCAGGUCAAGUUGACUUUGAUUUGUUAACAAAGACUUCGUUAAUACCGAACGGUGGUUGAGAACAUAAUUAGUGAUUGUUUUUAAAGAGGAAAUUGUUGUUUUAAAUUGCAAUCCUCUUGGUUGGCGUUCAUCUCAGUGGCUGCAGUCUGUCUGUCUGUCUGCUGGAUUUCAGUGUUGGUGGUUCGCAUUGGCUUUUCUGUGAUUUAGAUGUGAAGGUUUUGGGAAGCCUAGUCCUGGUUGUUGGCGUCAGUUCCGCUGCUGCUUUUAACUUGGGUUUGAAGAAUAAAAAAAAAAAAUAUAUAUACAAUUUUAAACAGGCUUCCUGCCUUGUGCAAUGUGUAUGUACUGAAGUGAAACGAUUUUGUUUUUCUAAAAAGGAAUUAAACUAAAACUGGAUGAGGUCUA